AACCAGUGCGCAUGCGCCGGGCCCUGACCUGGAAGUGGCUGGAUCCGGGGCAUGCGUGUUUCCAUGAGUGUGGCGGAGAUGGGGAGACAGGAACCCUCCGAGCCCCCGUCGCCCGGAGACGCGACGCAGAACAGCGCCCGGCCUGCGGAUCGCCACGGCCUGUUAAAACACAGCUGUGGGUUCUUGGACUUCUGGGACAUUGCGAAGCCUGAGCAGGAGACGCGACUUGCGGCCACGAAGCUGCCGGAGUAUCUGCGCGCUAGGCCGAAGAUGGAGCGGCGGGGGUCUGAGAUGAAAUACACCCUGAAGCGGCUAAUCACGGGACUCGGGGUCUGGCGAGAAAACACCCGGCCCUGCUACAGUUUGGCCCUGGCACAGCUGUUACAGUCUUUUGAAGACCUCCAUUUGUGCAGCAUCCUGCAGCAGAUACAAGAAAAAUAUGACCUGCAUCAGGUGAAGAAGGUGAGAGAGGGCCCGGGGAGGACAACUGCUCUCUUUGCAGACCUGUUCAGAGUGCUCGCCCUCUUUCAGUCAGGCUGGCUGGUGAAGGUGAGAACUUUGGGAGGACGGUGGGGUGGGGGAUGUAGGCUGGUCUUGGAUGGGUGGGGGACAUUAGUGGUCCCUGCUCAUACCCUCUGCCCCUCUGUGGGGACGAGGUGCUGA